UUGAAUUUAACGGUCGGUUUGGCAGUGAAAGUGGAAAGUGGAAGGAAUCGUGUGUCGCUCAGCGAAUGCUUUUGUGCGCAAAAUAGAAAACAGCAAGCAUAAAAAUAAAAUACAAAAAAAUAUAUAUAUAUCGAAAAUACAAGUAACGAGGGAAUAUGAAAGUGAAAUAAAAACCGACACCAGAGAAAAGUUACAUCUCUCUUUGGAUUAAAUACCGAAAUGAAAGUGCUUGUCUAGUAAAUACUCUGUAAAUAUAAAUUCAACGAAAAACAAACCCGCUCGGCUAGAGACUUUGGAGUCUUCAAAUUUGCUGAGCACUUCCGGGGCAAAGCGGAAAACAGCUGGACACAGGAGUCGUUUAGCUCGAGUGAAGCCACCAAAUGGAUUCCGUCUAAAACUGGAGCAAAAAGAAAAAGCGCAGAAGAAGAUCAGUGAAAAGCGUCGGCCGGCAAUUAAUGGGCGGAAAUUGAAAUGUGUAAACAAUCAGCAAAAUGUGCAAAUUCGUCGAGUGCCAAUCGAAGGCCAGCUUGAGUGAAAGUGAAAGAAAAGAGCGGAGCGCGGAAAUUAUUAAUUAUCCGGCUGCUUAUUAGCGCGCUCUUCCCCAGGCAGCGCCCAGACAGACACUUUGUUUAUGGCCAAUUUGCCAGGCCAAAUAGAACCCAAAGCCGCUGCCACUCGGGCAUAAAUAAUUUGCAUAUUUCCCCCAAGACCCAUCCCCAUUUUCCAUCGCUCCCCCCACAGCCCCUAAAAAAUAUCAAAACAGACAGUGCGGCGUGCGAAGUUGAAGUGUUUAUUAAAUUGUCUUGGCCGCCGCAAAUGCAAGACAUUUGCCCGCCCCUCGAAAUGCUGGAAUUGCAACUCCGCGGAGAUUUGUCAGCCGCCGAAGAUGAAGCCUCUGGCGGAGGCGGAGGCGGAGAUAUCCCCAAGAUGCGACACCAACAUCGGCAGAGCCGGAGAAGACUUCCAGACUGCCGGAUAAUUCCAAACGGAUUCCUCCUGCUGCUCCUUGCCGUUCUGCUGCUGAGCACGGAACUCGUUGAGUGCGCGCUGCGCAAUGUCAAUUUAAUCAUCGAGCCACCGGCGGUGCGGCGGGGUCAGCAUGUGGUGCUCAAAUGCAUGUACGACCUGGAGGGGGCACCACUAUACUCGGCCAAGUUCUAUCGUGGCCAGCUGGAGUUCUACCGCUACACGCCCGGAGAGUUUCCCAACACGAAGGUCUUUCCAUUUCCCGGCAUUCAUGUGGAUGUAUCCAGUUCGAAUGCCACCCAGGUACUCUUACGCAACGUUGGAUUCGGUCUCUCUGGCAACUUUUCAUGCGAAGUGACCGCCGAUGCCCCGCUCUUCUCGACAGCCACCGCCGUGGACACCAUGCAAGUUGUUGAGUUGCCCGACAAGCGUCCUGUGCUGCUGACGGAGCAUACGCGCUACGAGCCCGGCGAUGUCCUGCGUGCCAACUGCAGCACUCCACCCUCGCGACCGCGAUCCGAGCUAACGUUCACAAUCAACAACAUGGUGAUCACCAACGUUGAGACCCAGUACAUACGCACUGUAGAUAAUCUGAUUGUCUCGCGUAUUGCGCUAAAGUUGCAGCUGCAAGGAGUGCACUUCUCCAGCGUGAAUCCGGCCAUCUACAACAGCAUUUACGGCAUGAACUCGGUGUACGGGCAUGGGGGACCGGUUUAUUCGCCAAAUCCGAAUGCGGGCGGAUUACUUCUGCGCUGCUCGGCACAAAUCGGGGAUCUGUACCAGGAGUACAAGGAAAUCGAGCUGGGCACACCGCAAAAGGAUCCGAUACCGGCACGUGUUACCCUCUCCUCCGAAUCGAGCCUGAAGAACUUUUUCAGCUCGUAUUUCUCGACUUCAUCGGCAUCGCCGGCUACGCGACUCUGGCCCGGCGUCUAUGUGGCGCCCCUUGUGCUGGCCCUGAUGGCGGUCUUAUUCCGGCUAAUUGAGGUGGCAUCUGAGACCGAUACCGAGACGGACAGUGGAGGCGGCACGGAGCCCAGCCAAGGACCCCCGAGGACACAUUCCAGGGAGCAGCCAGCUCCUCCUCUGUCCAGCUGCAGCGCCUCCAAGGCGUCGAGACAGCCACUGGCCUGGCCAGAAUCGAGGACAGAGACCCUGGCCUAGGCGUGUGUUACCAGUUACCAGUUAGUUAAAGCCCUAAGUAAUGCAAAGUGUAUUUGGGGAGGUUCCCAGCCCCGAGGAACUGAUGUGGUUGUCAAGAGAUGAAUCCCAAACUUGUAUCUAACGAGGCUAUGAAAUGGUUUAUCGCUUAAAAUUUUAAUAUAUACUCAAAGUCAUUCUAGUGGUGAUAAGCCAUUUCUUAUCUUUAUUUACCUCUGCAGGUACCAUAGUCUGGGACUUACUCUUUGAUACUCCAUCACUUGAACAGUGCUGGGAAAACCCUGGGUUCUGUGUAGUUCAAGGAUCUUAUUUUGAUGACUGCUUUUCAUGUUAAUUUCCCUUUGUUCCCCAAAAGCCACACUCUGAGAUGUGGUGUAUACUAGCGAGCUAAAAGAAAUCGAUUAACAUAAAACCAAACCAAAAAUGAAAACAAAUUAAGGUUAAGCAAAAAACAUUUAUAAACUAGCAUAGUUGUAACGAGAAAAAACAUGAAGUUGGACAGCAGAGGAGCGAACGAGUUUAAGACCUAUAAAACAGGACAUACACAAUUCAAAUAUAAAUGUUUACACGAAACAAGAAUCCAAAAAGGUUAAGAAACACGUAAAUAUGCUAAGUACAUCAAAUUACUGAUUCUACUUUAAAUGUGCAAAAUACCAGAAAGUUAAGCAGCGGAGACAUAAUAAUAAUGUGAGCGAAACCAAAACCAUAAUAAACCGAGAAAUCAAAGGUAUGUGUUCGAAGGAGGCGGAAAAUGUGUGUAAAAUAUAUUUAAAGUAAAAUAUUAAAUUAAUUUUAAUUUAAAGUAAAUAAAUCAAAGCCUUGUAUGGGCAUAUUGUAAAUGGUGGUGAAA